AUGCUACAGAUAGUCGGCCCCGUGCUCGUGAUGGCUGCCGCCAUUGCCGUGUACAAGUUGUGCACGGUGGCGUACAAGGAAUUGACAUCACCGAUACGUGCACUACCUGGACCCAAGAGCCGUAGCUGGUUCUUUGGUAGCAUACGCGAAGCAUUCGAUGGGCCACCGAGCGCAAGUGAAUGGGUCAACGUCUACGGCACAACCUUUCAGUUCAAAGGACCCUUCAACUUUGCGCGACUCUGGACGAUUGACCCGAAGGCCCAGAGCCACGUUCUCAUGCGUAACGAUAUAUACGAGCGGCCUAUGCCAGCAAGAGAAGCCCUCUCUCGUAUCGUCGGACCAGGGGUGUUGGUUACGGAAGGCGAGAUGCACAGGAAACAGCGUAGGGUCAUGAAUCCGGCCUUCGGGCCAGCGCAAAUCAGAGAUCUCACGGAUAUUUUCGUUUACAAUAUGAUUCAGCUUCGUGAUUUAUGGGCCUCUGAGGCCAAUAGACAAGGCGGCACUGGCCGCAUUGACGUCCUGUCAUGGUUGGGCCGAAUGACCUUGGACGUUAUCGGGCUCGCAGGAUUUAAUUAUACAUUUGACGCCCUGAACGAGAAUGCAACCCCGAACGAACUCAGUCAAGCCUUCUCUACUAUAUUUCACAGUGGCACCAACAACCGGACCGUCAUGGUCUUGAGAGUCAUUUCCCCAGUUUUCCGCUAUCUCCGGACAUCGAGGGAUGCUGUGGCUGAGCAAGCUCAAGUUGUCAUGGGAAGAAUUGGCAGAGAGUUGCUCAAUUCUAGUAAGGCUGCUGUUGCGCAGUCUGAGAAGGAGAUCGGAGAUCGUAGCCUUCGCUCCCGUAACCUGCUCUCCUUGUUGGUUCGAGCUAACACAGCAGCCGGAAUUCCGGAGUCACAUAGGUUGCAAGACGAAGAUGUUCUAGCCCGUUCGUACUUUCCUGUCGCCUUCACGCCGUCUACAUCUCAUUACGCGCAUGCAGAAAUACCCACAUUCCUUGUCGCUGGACAUGAGACGACCAGCACUGCGACCACCUGGGCUUUGUUUGCGCUGGCUCAGGAAUCUGUGAUGCAGACUAAAUUGCGCGAGGAACUCUGGAGUGUUGAAACGGACACGCCAACCAUGGACGAACUCAACGCUUUGCCGUAUUUAGACCGUGUCGUUCGCGAGACACUCCGUGUGCAUUCGCCUGUACCAGCAAUUGGUCGCGUGGCCACCGUUGACGAUGAGAUUCCUUUGAGUCAACCUGUUACUGAUGUCUAUGGAAAUAUUCACCAUUCCAUCAGGAUUCAGAAAGGGCAGAACGUCAUGAUACCCAUCUCGGCUCUGAAUCUUUACAAGCCUAUAUGGGGCGAAGAUGCUGAACAAUUUAAGCCCGACCGCUGGCUUUCGCCGCCGCAAGCUUCAAGCGCUAUUCCUGGCGUAUGGAGCAACCAAAUGACAUUCCUCGGCGGCCCUCGUGCUUGCAUUGGGUAUCGGUUUUCACUAGUCGAAAUGAAGGCACUUCUUUUCGUUUUGAUUCGUUCCUUUACAUUUGAACUGGCCGUACCAGCGAGCGAAAUAAUCAAGAAGGCGUCCAUUGUGCAACGACCUCUCCUCAAGAGUAACCCAGAGGCAGGGAAUGUGUUGCCCAUGUUGAUUAAACCAUAUACACGCGUUUAG